GUCACUCGUUCCUUAAUCCGACCAUUACUACUUAUACACCCUUAAUACCAACCUAAUCCACCAAAACCCCCCCACCAACAACACCAUCAACAUGCGUUUCUUCGAGAUUGUCGUUUCGGGCGCUGCCCUCAUCUCCUCUGGCCUCGCCGUUACCAUCGACACCUACCCUACCUCUGGUGUUGAGGCCGGCAAGAGCUACACCAUCACCUACUCCCCCAAGGACGCCCCGGCCACCUUCGUCCUCCGCAAGGGCGCCUCUGGCAACCUCGACACCGUCGGCACCAUUGGUACCGGCACCGGUGGCUCCUUCACCUGGUCUGUCGACAAGGCGCUCCCCAACGACGGCAGCUACGCGCUCGAGGUCAAGCAGGGCAGCGAGAUCAACUACUCCGGCCAGUUCCCGCUCUCCGGCGGCUCCAACGCGCCUGCGUCCGCAUCCUCUGUGCUCGCAUCUGCGUCCUCCGCGCUCUCAUCCGCUGCGUCUGCCGCAUCUUCCGCCGCAUCUUCCAUUGCCUCGUCCGCUGCGUCUGCCGUCACCAGCAGCGCCGCUUCCGUCUCUGCCAUGCCCUCGUCCAGCGCCAACAGCACCGUCUCCACCGCUACUCUCUCCCGCAGCGCUUCUCCCUCUGCUUCGCGCCCUGCUUCCACCACCGGAGGCAGCCCGCCCCAGAGCACCGGCGCCGCUUCCAUGCUCUCGUCCAGCCCUGUGGCGAUCCUCUUCGGCGCCAUUGCUGCGUUUGCUUACCUCAACUAAGCGCGCGGUAUCUAUCUUCUUAGCUUGAUAUCCUGCAUUGGGUAAUGCGGCGUUGCUUUCUCGAGUGGUGUAUACGUAUACCCUGGUUUUUGAGUGUGGUUAGUUGGUCAUUAAGUGCCGAUUUGUACAGUAUGGUCGCUAGAAAAUGAAAAAUACCUAAACAUUA